AUGUCUUCAACCACCGCCUCCUCAUCAUCGUCCGCAGCGACUUACCAGUCACAGCCACAGACCCCCGAGCAGCUCGCAAUCUCACGCAUGCCCGUCCGCUACGAGAUCCCCGGGUGGGCGGACUGUAAAUACUCAAACAGGGCAAGUGCCUUCCUUCCUCCCGCCAUCAUGACAUCUCCCCCGCCUCGUCUAAAAUCAAAAAACAUCCAAGCCUGCAUCCUCCACGCCCUUCCCUUCCUCGCGCCAGGCGCAAAUGAGCUCGCGGCGUCGACGGGCAAGUGUUUCCACUGCUGGGCGCUGCUCACGUCGAUGGAGUAUGCGGUGUUGAGCGUCAUCUUUGUUUUGAACUCAAUCGGCUUCGCCGUCAGCUUCGUCCGGUACCUCAUCAACAUGUUCUUUUCGUUCAAAUAG